AUGUUAGAGAUAGUAAGUGGAAAGAAAGGUAGAGGCUUCUACGAUGAAAAUGGCAGUCUUAACCUCGUUGGAUUAGCCUGGACUUUGAUGAAGGAAGGCGAAGCAUUUAAGCUUAUUGACAAGUGCUUGUUAGAAGAUCCAUACAACAACAUGGAAGAAGCAUUGCGCUGCAUCCACAUCGGUCUCUUGUGUGUGCAACAAAAUUCUAUUGAUAGGCCGAACAUGUCUUCUGUUAUUCUAAUGUUGAGUGGCGAGAGAGUAUUGCCUCAGCCCAAACCACCAGCCUAUUUUGCUGACACAGAUUUGUGGAAAGGAGAUCAUUCCCUAUCAUGCAAUACAUGCAUUACAGAUGUUGAACCCCGAUGA